GCGAGAGAAUGGGCGAGAAGGUGAAGCAAUGGUUGCUGAUCGGUGGCGGCGCGCUCUUGGGCUCAAUCUCCACCAUGGCUCUUCUCAAGCUGUUCCCCAGGUUGUUUCAGAACCUGCAAAUGACCAAUAUGACAUAUUCUCGUAGUACCCCCUCGAAAAUUAAUGGACAAGAAAGUUUAUUGAGGGGCAGAGAGCAGUAUGAUGGUCUCUCGGAGACUCUCAUUAUGUCAAACUUUAUGCAAGAUGAAGUGGUUUCUGAACAACUUACUAGGAAUAUUCAAUUCUUUGGCAUCGAAUCCCAGCAGAAAGUGACUGAAUCAUUUGUUGUAGUCAUUGGGCUUGGGGGAGUUGGCAGUCAUGCUGCUUCUAUGCUUUUGAGAUCUGGGGUUGGCAGGCUUCUCCUGGUGGAUUUUGAUCAGGUAUCACUUUCAUCUCUCAAUCGCCAUGCUGUGGCCGCAAGAGAUGAUGUUGGAAUUCCAAAAGCCUUAUGCUUGCAGAAGCAUUUUUCUUUGAUAUUUCCAGAAUGUCAGAUAGAAGCAAGAGUUCAGCUCUUCGAUGAAUCAACAGAAGAGGAAAUUCUUUCUGGCCAACCUGAUUUUGUUCUCGAUUGCAUUGAUAACAUUGACACCAAGGUAGCACUUCUUGCUGCUUGUGUGCGCAGAGGCUUGAGAGUCCUUUCAGCUAUGGGUGCUGGUGCUAGAGCUGACCCAACACGCAUUCGUAUUGCUGAUCUAAGAGAGUCAACAAAUGACCCACUUUCACGAUCGGUAAGAUACCGCUUGAGAAAAGACUAUGGAAUCAGUAGCGGGAUACCUACAGUUUUUUCCUUGGAGAAACCCAAGGUGAAACUCCUUCCAUUUAAAAGCCCUUCUGGGGAAGAAGAAAAUCCUUCAGAUUAUCAGAUUGUACCAGGUUUCAGGGUUCGCAUCAUACCUGUUAUGGGAACCAUCCCUGCAAUUUUUGGGCAAGUAAUGGCCUCUUAUGUUCUGACACAGCUUUCGGGAUUGCCUGUCCAUACCGAGCCAGUGGUAAAUUUGGACCUGGAUCACUACCUUGUCCUACAUCAACGUCUCCUUGAGCAUGAGGAACUAGUAUAUGGCUCAACCACGCAGGUUCUGGUAGAUGUUGAGGAGGUGAUGUACGUUGUGAAAGAGUUGUGGCAUGGCCGAAGUGCAAGGGAUCAAUCUGAGAAAGAAGUUGGCCGGAAAAUGUGGCGCUCUGUUAAUGAAUUGAUGCUCGUCAGGUGGGACAAAGCAAAACCCGCGGGGGUGUCAAAUUUGAUUCUUCUGAAAUUUAAAGAGGUGGAUGAACACGAGUCAACAACGGUAGACGCAAUAAAGGAAAAUGAACCUGAGUUCUACAAUAUGGUAACUCAAGUUCUGAGACGCGCUGAAAAGGACUUUGCUUUAUAAAUCAAGUUGAAAGUAGUGAACAUAUUUUUGUACAAGCCUCAUCGGAAGUUCAAUUAUCAUCGAUCUUUUGCUCUGUUCUUUUUCUGCAGGAAAUUUUGGUGCUAGCAGUGUAAAUUUAGAAGGAUGUAAUGGUUUUUCUCUCCUAUGACAACUCAUUUUUUUUAAUUUAUAAUUUAGAGAGAGUAAAAUGCUAAGGAUUACAUUUGUAAUUUACUGCAUUCAGGAUAUGUUUUUGCUGAGGAAGCUGUGGAACAAUGUAUGUGAAUCUGUUUAGUGAAAUUUGUUGUACCAUUUUUGAA